AUGGAUGCCUCAAAUAUUACGGAGUAUGAUCGAUCUCAAGUGCGUAAAUUCGGGACGCCGAUUGCCGAAAUGCCAAAUUUUCACACGGAACUACGAUCGAUGGAAGUAUUUGAUGGACAGCCUGUCCACCUGGAAGCUAAAUUUUCGCCUGCCAAUGAUCCAAAUUUGAAAAUUACAUGGCUUUUCAAUGGAAAGCCUUUGAAAUCCAGUGAUAGAAUACGGAUAUCAAGUGAUUUUGGCUUUGUUACGUUAGACAUUUUUGAAAUCACAUUUCAAGAUGCUGGUAAUUAUACAUGCCAAGUAACAAAUGAAAUUGGUACAAUGGAAUCCACUGCUACCAUCAUUGUUCAGCGUAAGCUUUUUCCCCCUUUCUUUUUGCUAGAAUUUGAGGAAAUUAUUUAG